AUGGCCUCUCCGACGCAUCUCUUCACCUCGCCGAUCUCUUCAGAAGGCUCCAUCAUGCUUCUGUCUCCGGAUCGCGACCCGUCACCCGGUUCGCCGAUUACGAAGGACACACUCCAACGGUCCCAGAUCGGCCUGGGUCUCCACGUCAUCUAG